AUGCAGCAGCCCUUGAAUUGCCCGUGUCCCCAAGUCUACUGGGUGAACCGCAAUGCCACUUCCCCUUGGGACCCUCCAAGGCCAGUUUUCCCCUGUUCACCUUUGGAGCCUGCUGGACCUGGUCAAAGAAGGCCACCCCCACCUCCACCUAUGCCACCUCCUGCACUACCAACGCUGCUACCACGGCCACCACUCCCUCUAAAGAAGAGAAGGGACUGCAACUCAGACCUAUGGCUCUUGAUGACGUUUUUCAUGGUUCUGGUUGCCCUGGCUGGAUUGGGACUGGGAAUGUAUCAGCUCUUCCACCUGCAGAAGGAGUUGGCAGAACUCCGUGAGUCCACCAGUCAAGAGCAUUCUUCUUCGGUGGCGAAGCUAAUAGGCCACCCUGCUCCACCUUCUGAAAAAAAGUCACCAAGAAGGGUGGCACAUUUAACAGGCAAGCCCAACUCAAGGUCCAUGCCUCUGCAAUGGGAAGACACCUAUGGAAUUGUUCUGAUCUCUGGAGUGAAGUAUAAUAAGGGUGGCCUGGUGAUCAAUGACACUGGGAUGUACUUUGUAUAUUCCAAAGUGUACUUCCGGGGUCAGACUUGCAACAGUCAGCCCCUAACCCAUAAGGUCUACAUGAGGACCUCUAAGUAUCCCAAGGACCUGGUGCUGAUGGAAGGGAAGAUGAUGAACUACUGCACCACUGGCCAGAUGUGGGCCCGUAGCAGCUACCUGGGGGCAGUGUUCAAUCUCACCAGUGAUGACCAUUUAUAUGUCAACGUAUCUCACAUUUCUCUAGUUAAUUUUGAGGAAUCUAAAACAUUUUUUGGUUUAUAUAAUCUUUAA